UUGUUCGCUGGAUGAGAUUGGCUGCUGCUGCCUCUGCGCGGGCGAUCGAGGAACUGCCAGUGACGAGAGCGAAAACACGUGCAUCGCUUUUUUAAAAAUAGAAAGUCCAGCGAAAAGUCUUACUCUCGCGGGAGGCGAAUCGGCAAGCAGCCGCUCCGCACGCACGACACUUCACAGAUCGCUGCCGCGAGACGCGAGUCGCGAGUGUGCUCCUCCGCGCGGCGACCGCCGAGUUGCUCUCUUACUUCAAAUUGGGAGGGAAGCUGCCCUGAACAUUUCCUGAGUUCUCCGACUAGAUGGCAGAUCAACAAUAAGAAGAUAAAAUGUCUGCGGGGCGAGCCAGGUUUGGGUAUUUCGUGUCGAAAGACCAAACUCCACAAGAUGCAGACAAUGUUUGUGUGCUCGUCGUGCACUACGACUUUAAGGACGCCAAGACUCAGCUACAAGAAUUAACUCAGCUGGAGAUAAAAAAAGACCUUAUCCGGGACGGUGAUGACACGGACGUAAAGAAUCUGGAUGAAACCUUCAGGAAGAACCGGAAAUGCAACUUCCGCAGUAUUUUGUCACCAGAAAAAGGGGAGUUGCUCCAACUUCUCUCCGAUCGAGAAAAACUGUUACAGGAAUUUGGCUGUUCAGACGUUCCAUCAGUGUUUGUGCUUUACAUUCUUUCUCACGGCGACAGAGAUGGAGUAAUCUUGACAGAUUACGUCAAGGACGAUGUUCGCAAGAUAGUGGAUGAGCGGCGUGACGGCCAACUAAACGUGAGCGAGUUAUUUGCUUCCUUCACAACAACAGACGUGUUGAAGUCUCUGAAAAAGCUGACUGGUUUCGACGAAUGUCUGAAAUUUAUUAACUUUGGAUCAUGUAGAGGGGAGCUGAAGGACACAAUUUUUCCCGCAAGAGAUGUUAAUUUCGAGAACGAAAACUCUUGUCGAAUCACCUACAGCCCUCUGACGAGAAACACGGUUGUGUUCUUCUCAACGGUCGAAACGACCUUGGCCAAUCGAGACCCGGCAACAGGAACAACUUUCACCCACCUUACUUGUAAGGUCUUAAAUUCUCUUGAGAAGGAUGAGAGUCUCAUAAAUGUCAUGACAUAUAUUCAAAAUGAGAGUCACAAAGAUUCGGUCAAAGGGACCGCUGGACAGACUCCAGAAGUGAAGAUGUUUUCCCAGGACAGAAGUUUUGUCAUCUCAAAGAGUCCUCCAGAUUCCUCUAAAUCUGACGCAAUGAGCAUCAAACGCGAGUUUUACUCUUGGAAAUCAAGCACAGGGGAAAAUAUGCGACGCCGCCUUGCGCUUCUCUUUUCCGCCGUCACAGAGGGAAAUAAGCAGUUGAAUGAAGUUCAAACCGCCCUGUCCCAAAACCUAGAUUUCGAGACCAGCAAACUGAAGCUGAGUGGAACGCCGUGGACGUCCAUUAAUAAAGCCUCGUGGCGAGACUUCGACAUUGGCUGCAUUUUUCUGAUUUUUUUUGGCCUUGUGACUGAAAACGAGGACACAAAUGAGGUUUGCGUGCAGGUGGACGGUCAAGAAACUGCAGUAUCUCAAAUACUGCUUGAAUUUAUCGGGCCAAAAAACGACCAAUGGAUUGGAAAACCCAAAAUAUUAUUCCUUGUGAACCAGGAAACGAGUUCUUCUGCUGACGCGUCCGGAUUUAUACAGCCUUACAUGAGAAUAUCAGCAACAAACCACAGUGGAUGGUUAGUCCUAGUUUUGCACAACAAGGAUGAUCUUCAAAAGCUGAUCGAAAUCUUCAAUGGGCAAAAGGAGAAAACGGAAAAGAGUCUGCAAGAACAUCUCGCAAAUCUGCUUAUUUCCGAAUCAAAAGAAACUCGGGAUUUUCUUAACUCGACGCUCCAAAUAUGA